AUGGAUAAACUCAAGGAACUUCAGGAGCCUUUUGUGGAUAGUGUAGAUCGCUUGAAUGAGACGUCUGCUCAACACACUUUAGAUCACGUUCGACUUCCACAAAUAAAGCUACAAACAUUUAGUGGAAACAUCGACGAAUGGAUGAGUUUUCGUGAUUUGUACACUUCUCUCAUCCAUUGGAAGACUGAUCUUCCAGAUGUAGAGAAGUUUCAUUAUUUGAAGGGCUGUCUGCAAGGUGAGCCGAAAAGUUUGAUUGAUUCUCUUCAAAUUACGCGGGCAAAUUAUCAGGUGGCCUGGGAUCUUUUGGUAAAACGUUAUAACAACAGCAAAUUGUUAAAGAAGAAACAAGUUCAAGCUUUAUUUAAGCUCCCUCAACUUUCUAGAGAAUCCCCAUCGGAACUGCAUUGUUUGGUGGAAGAGUUUCACAAGGCUGUUCAAAUACUGGAUCAGGGACGCCAUCACACUUUGGUUUGCUUUCGAUAUGGUAACGGAAAUACUGCUAGCACAAGUAAUUUAAAUCACCGGAACAAUGGUAAUACGGUAAAUGCUGCUAAUGUCGAGUCAGACGAGUUAGAGCAUGUCACGUCAGCGUCGGCAUCAGGUGUUAAGCGUCCAUCUACGGUUUUGCUAGCCACGGCGGUUGUUUGGUUGGAAGAUGAGCAUGGAGUUAAGGUUCCAGCGAGAGCACUUCUCGAUUCCGGGUCGGAAUGCAAUUUUGCUACAGAAAGAGUGAGUCAACUCAUCAGUGCAAGUCGGAAAAAGGUGUCGGUUACAGUCCAAGGAAUUGGUCAAUCAAAUUCACAGGUGAAGCAACAAAUUCAAGCAAAGAUUCGUUCGAGAAUUUCGGAUUUUACUUUAAUGGCGGAUUUCUUAGUUUUGCCUAAGGUUACAGCAAACUUACCAACGCAAUCCGUAGAUAUUUCGGGCUGGAAGAUGCCCCAGGAAAUAACUUUGGCGGACCCAGCAUUUUUCAAAUGCAGAUCAGUAGAUCUUGUCUUGGGAAUUGAAUCGUUUUUCUCGUUCUUCAAAUCAGGUCGGGAAAUUUCUCUGGGCAACAACCUCCCAACACUGAUUGAGUCUGUUUUUGGAUGGGUGAUUUGCGGUGGUCAAUCUUUAUCAAAAACAAGUGACCAAAUCACCUGUAAUGUGUCAGUUUCGGAAACUAUAGAGGAAAUGGUUUCUCGGUUUUGGUUGAGCGAGGAAAUCGAUGUUGGUCCCAGUUUUUCGCCUGAAGAAGCGCGCUGUGAAGAAAUUUUCAAACAAGACGUCCAACGUUCGGAAGAUGGUCGGUAUGUUGUCAGUUUACCAAAGAACGAGUCUGUUUUUCAGCGUUUGGGUGAAUCGAAGAGAAUUGCAAUCGAUCGUCUCAAAGGUACAGAGCGCAGGUUAGCUCGAAAUCCUGCUUUACACGAGGAAUAUCAUAAAUUUAUGAAUGAAUACAUUGAAUUGGGUCAUAUGCAAAAGGUUGAGGAAAGGGAUUCCAAAAAGCGGUGCUUUCUCCCACAUCACCCAGUUCUAAAAGAGGCCAGUACAACUACUAAAGUUCGUGUUGUUUUCGACGCAAGUUGCAAAACUUCUUCGGGGAUUUCAUUAAACGAUACCUUGCUGUUGGGUCCGACAAUUCAGCAAGAUCUUCGAUCUAUCAUUUUGCGAAGCCGAACAAAGCAAAUUUUGAUAGUUUCAGACGUCGAGAAAAUGUUCCGCCAAGUUUACGUUAGGAAGGAAGACAGGCCUCUGCAGUGCAUUCUGUGGAGAAGUUCUCCAGAAAAGGAAAUAGAUGUUUACGAAAUGAAUACGGUUACAUACGGUACAAAGCCUGCUCCAUUUUUAGCCACUAGAGCACUGAAACAAUUAGCUAUGGAUGAGAAGGAACACUAUUCAAGGGCAGCUCAGGUACUUCAGACUGAUGUCUAUAUGGAUGACGUCAUCACGGGAGCAGACUCAAAGGAAGAAGCAAUUAUGUUGCGCCAGGAACUCGAUGCAAUCAUGAAGUCAGGUGGAUUUUUACUUCGAAAAUGGGCCUCGAACUGCCCUGAGGUGUUGGAUGGCAUUUCAAAGGAAAAUUUAGCGAUAAAGGAGUCGGAAGAAAUCUUGUUAGAUCCAGAUCCGUCAGUUACAACCCUAGGUUUGGUUUGGAGGCCAAAAUCGGACAUUUUGAAGCUUAAAUUUCAAAUUCCACGGUUGGAAUUAACGGAACAAUUAACAAAACGGAAGAUCUUAUCAGUAAUUGCGUCCUUGUUUGAUCCAUUGGGUUUGGUUGGAGCUGCUAUUACAACAGCAAAGAUUUUUCUACAAUUACUUUGGACUUAUGAAGAUAGUAAUGGUAAAAAACUGGAUUGGGAUUCACCUUUACCCAAAAUGGACCUCAGGCAUCUUUUGCAAAAUAAAGAUUUCCAAGAGAAGGUUUCGAAGGAAUGUGCCAAUGAUGGAAUUAAAUGGCAUUUUAAUCCCCCCAGUGGUCCGCACUUUGGUGGCUUAUGGGAGUCAGCUGUUCGGUCUGCAAAACAACACCUUUUCAAGGUCAUGAAGGAAACUGCGCUCUCGAUCGAAGACAUGACAACACUUUUGGUGCAGGUAGAAGCCUGCCUGAACUCCAGACCAUUAACCAAGAUGUCCGAUGACCCUGACGACCUUGAACCAUUAACACCUGCACAUUUUUUAAUUGGUUCAUCUCUGCAAUCGAUUCCUGAAGAGGAGCUGUUGAAAAUUCCCUUUAAUCGCCUGGAUGCCGUUCAAUCAGUUCAGAAAAGUCUUCAGAGCUUCUGGAAGCGAUGGAAAACGGAAUAUUUAAAUCAGCUACAAGGAAGAACAAAGCGAUGGCGCCCUGCUGUCUCAAUAGAUGUUGGCCGAUUGGUUGUGAUCCACGAAGAUCACCUUCCGCCACUCAAGUGGAAAAUGGGAAGAAUUCACGAGGUUCAUCCGGGAGAAGAUGACAUUGUGAGAGUUGUUACUCUUAAAACGGAAAAGGGAUUUUUGAAACGUCCAGUGGAGAAAAUAUGCUUGCUACCAAUAUCUGAAUCGAAUGAGUCAGAGGAAAUUUUGUCAUCGGAAUUGUAA